AUGGUGCCACCAAGUCAAACAAUUAACGCGUGGAUUGAAACUAAUCUCUUUCAAGAUUUUGCUACCAUGCCGACGGGUGGUAACGACUCGUCCGCAAAGCAAGACAUUGGUGGCAAACCAGAAAUGAAAGAAAAAAAUAUGAAGAGAAGAAUAACGAGGUCAAUGUCUCAAACUCAGUCUCCUGCUGAUACCCAAAAAUCUAUUGAUGAUACCUUAGAUCAAGUAAUUGAUGAUGAUUCUAGUUCAAAUGAUGCAAAUAAAGCAAAAAUUUAUUCAGAUGUUAAGAAAGAUAAUUUUGAUAUAGCGGUCGAAACCAAUACAGAACAAUUGGAUGAUUUAGAAGAACAAACCGCUGCCGCACAAGUCUUACAAUUAUUAGGACUUGCAAAUGUUUCAGAUGACUCUACUAUGGUCUCUUCAGAAGAUGAAAAUGAAACUUCAGAUACAGGUUCUCGAUCAGAUUUAGCCAUUGUGGGUAGUCUUGUUGAAGCUGUGCUAUCACAGCAAAGUCCAGUAGCAGGUACAAUGUCAGAAACUAACAAUACAUAUUAUAAUGCACCUGAAUGGACUUCUGAAGAAGAUGAAUUGUUAAAAACUGGUAUUAAUAAUUUUGGAUAUGGAAAAUGGGAAGAUAUAGCUUCUACUAUUUCUGGACGCACAGAAAAUCAAUGUAAAGAACGUUGGGACAUUAUUUUAUCACUUAAUAGUGGCGAAUCAAAUUCUCUCCAAGAGGAAGAAAUAGAAGAAACAUUAUUAGGUCAUUCAUAUUUUGAUACUAAUUGGGAAGAAAUUGCUCAGAAGAUGUCUGAUUACGCAGAUGCGACAGAUGCGAAUGUAAAUAUUUCAAUUGAUUGGAGUAGCGUCGUAGACCCUACAACUAUUCUUCCUGUUACAAUGUCAAAUGAGGAAAAUAAUCUAAAUGAAGUACCUUCGUCGACACAGUCGCCAAAUUGUAAACAUUCGAUUGAUGAUGAUGAAACGGAAGGAUUUCUUAACCAAGAGACAAAUGAAACUCAGCAAAUUGGUGGUUCAUCCAAUGAAGGGCUGUCAGCAGAUUUACUAAUAACGGCGAUGGCUGAAAAUCCUCAAUAUUUCUACCAGAAUGAUUAUUCUAAUGUACCUUAUUCAGCGGGACCGGAAACCUUUCUCAUUUCUAACGAAAGCACAAAUGUAACGCCACGUUCAGUACAUUCUAAUGAAACCGAAAAUACACGUCCAGCUAAACGACGGAAAAAAUCAACAACUUCGGAUUCAGAUUCUGGUCAAAAUACUCUCAAUACGUCUGGCGUCGAGAAACCUUUAUAUACAGGAUAUUCCUGUUCACAUCCGCAAUGUAAUAAAAGUUUUGCUCGAUUAUACAAUCUUAAAUCACAUCAACGUACACAUUCUAAUGAUCGACCAUAUAAGUGCGUAUGUUGUGAUGCGGCAUUUGCGAGAAAUCAUGACUUAAAAAGACAUCAAAAAAUCCAUGAGAAUGCUAAGCCGUAUAAGUGUCUUGGAUGUGCAAAAUUAUUUUCGAGAUUGGACGCACUUAGACGACAUAAGCAUAAUCCAAAAAGCCGAGAACUAUGUCGUGAAUCAGAAAUAGCAGAAGCAUGA